CACGGUUUAUUCACUAAUUCGUGAUGCUUAAAAAAUUCGCAUAUCCGCAUUUACCCGGAUAUCCGCAUUAUCCGUACGGAUCAUUCACGGAUCGUUUCACUACAUCAAUGUCGUAGAACCCGAUCUCGAUUAAGAAUGGAGAUUGGAAGAAUUCAGUUAGCAAAUGGUGAAAUCACCAAAGGUUCAUCGCACAUAGGUUAUCUCAACUGCUUGAGAAGGAUAUCUUGUUCAUCACUUGGUAGCAUUAGCGGUUUGUCCAAAAGAAUAUGUAAAUCACAUUGAUGGAAGUCCUAAUGCAUCCAAUCUCGAAUAGUGUACACAGAAAGAAAACCACUCAACAUGCUGUACGCCUGCCUGUACGCCUUGGACUUCAACGCCAAGUGCUGUCCAUCAGAUUUUUGAUGUGCCUUUCCGAGAAUUUCCAUCCUCAGCAGAGUCAGACAUAUUUAUUAAUUAUUUAUAGCAAUUUAGCGAUUUAUAGCAAUUUUAUGCGAUUUUAUUGAUUUAUAGCGA